CGGGCAUGUGCUCAAACACAACAGACCCUUUUUAUAAUAAAUGUCGCAAUUAUUUGUCGCAUAUUUCAGACUUCAGCAGCUACACACCGAUAUUUACACAAACAGUAAAUGUAGCUAGCUAUUGAAGCUUUCUAAUCACUUUAGGUUACAAUUGUAGGCUUGUUGCCAUGGUUACAUGUUGGGCAGUGCGAAAUUGCGGUUUUGUCGCUUUAAUUUCCCCCCCGAAAAAGAGAUAAAUCGUAACAUUCUACGUAAUUUUAUAUUUGUUAGAGCAAAGGCAACAGGAGUACGUUUGCUCGUUGUCAUGGUUAUGUUCGGACAUAGUGACACUGUAUCAAAAGCGCUGAUACAGAAAUGGUUUUAAAUCCAUUUCAGGAGGUGUGAUGUAGCGCAAGCUCGGUAAAGCAUGCUAACCUGCGUUUAUUAACGUAUUCCUCAAUCCGCUUGAUGUUGUGUCGCUUUGUAUAUUAUGGGAUGGCUCCCAGAAGUUCACACAUGAUGUUGUUUUGAGAUAACGAAGUGGAGGUACGGCGUCACAGGUUAGCGGCACAUGCCUGGUCGCGACUCAGGAUUUCUGCAGAUGCUAAAGUCCUGAUGUAAACAUGAGUGUUUAUUUGUGUGUCAUUAACACACUCCAUUUCCACAACAUUCCAGCCUCUUCACCUGAACCUUAAAUCAAGCCUCAGCCUCCUGACAAAUCAUGGCUCCAGGCCCACGCUUCAUUCCAGCGAACGAACGCUAAAGCUGUUUUCCUGGAUCUCGCGACUGAAUGUUUGUCUACUGAUUCCAGCAGGCCGCAGUGUCACGUCACUCGUCUCACCGCGUCGAUCCUCUCACCACGACGCUCGUCUCUUUCCCAGAGUUUCCCAAACCACUUAAGAGCUGCAAAAAAAAAAACCCUUCCAGUAACCGGUGAUAAUGUUUCACAGGUAGCCGUAGCCUCCAGAUUAAACACGUAGGAUAAACCGUAACUGCCAGUAACUCUUAACGGACACUGGAUUCCAAGCUAAUUUUCAUGCUAACUCAUUAUAAUCAGCUCACGUGAACACACCAUCAGCAUGGACCUUAAUCACCUUCACCUCGACAGUCGCUCAGGAAUCGUGUGUGUUUAGGGCGGGUUUGCUAAUGCUACAAAAUGAGGAAGUCAAUUAAAGCAUCCGUUCCAUAAAUAAUUGUUUAGAGAUAAAGUAUAUUUAGAUAUCCAUUCGCACGUGAGAGUUCUGUUAACUUAAAAUAUUCCUUCAAGCCAAGAGCGUAAAAUCUGGGCUACUUCAGUCAAUGUUAUGCUAGUUUUACACCUGAUGUAGGAAGUUGGCCAUGUUUGGUGUCUAAUGUUUCUGUUUUUUUUUGCGCUAAAUCCCAACAUUAGGAAGGCCGCCGUCUCGGACCAGCGCACCAGAUAACACGUUUUACCCAAUAAUCUUUCUUGGGUGACCUCGACUGCUCAGUCCCCCUGGUGGUCAUUUACUUUCUUACACACGCACCGUGUUCCCCUCACCUGGUUUACCGGCAUAAUCUGGGCGUGGUUUACUCUGCGAACACAAAUAACUGGCUACAAACAUCAACAGGAAACGGUUUCUAACUUGUAUAUCGCUAGCAAUUGGAACAUUGAUAACGCUAGCUAACGUCGUCUAUCGAGAUGUUGUCUAGACGUGACUUGACAAGUUGGAAUGUUAACAGCGACGUAAAACGACGUUAUUUUUUAAAAUUAGCAAAAGUUUUUGUGCUUGAUGUUCGCACGUUGUCCUGAUUAGCCAAGCAACCUAACGCCAUGUAGCUGAAGCAGUAUUUUGCCUGCAUUAGCUGACUAAACAGAAUUUAUUUAGUAUUUUUGAUAUUUUGAUAAUUUUGCCUCUUAUUUACCGAUUAAAAGCAAAAUGUAAACGUAAAAAGUUUAACUCUUAUCAAAGGAAGCAAAACAAAGGCACUAAACAUUCUCGCUGAUUGAAAAAUUGUGUACGUUUGAAUCAUUUUCCUGCCAGACGCUUCUUUUUUUUCCUCUCCUCUGCUGUGAUCUGUUAGCCUGCAGCUACUUCCUUCCUGUCUACAGCUCUGCUAGGUUUAAUCCUCAGUUCCGUUACUUUUGGAGCUUUUGCCUUCUCAGUGGUUCUGUUGUGGAAAUCUAACGCUGCAUCUUUCACCAGUUUAUUUCCUCCUUCCCCCUUUUUUCUUGCUUCUGGUUAUUUCUAAAUGGUGACAGCGAGGCGCUUUACGAUUCAUGCUCCUCAUGGUUUCAGCUCUAGCGCAGUUUUAGCGGGUUGCAUGUCUUUUAAGAGGAACUGAGAUUUCUUAGCCGCUACUCAAGGUUCCAUCGUUUUCUAGCAGUAGCUGACCUUCAGGCGCUAAUCUUCUGGCUUCUUUUUGACGAGGCUUUUCUCACUGUUUCUUUCUUUAACCUCAUUGCAUACGUUUUUCUUUUUUUCUCUCUUCAUGGAGCUUCUGAGGUGUGAUGGUGAGGAAUGUUCUGGCUGGCUGAAUCUAACUCUGCUUCUUUCACCUGCACCUUCAGCUUGGUGGCUGCAUCACAGCAGAGCGUUCGAUAACCAGGGCUUCCUCCUGACGCUGGACGCAAAGCUCCCAGUGGAGUUGGUGCACCAGUACGGGGACCUCAUCAAUGGAUCCUGUAGACCCGGGUACGCCGCCGCCAAGAUGACUGCUAUCUUUCCAAAGUUUGUAAAGCCAGCACCUAUGUUUCUUGACCGGAACUUUAAGCGACUAGCAAAAGUCAACAACUAUUUACCUCCGUUUGGAUUGAAAACACAAGAAAGAAUCAUAGACACUAUAUUAACUGCUACAAAGACUUAUGGACUGAGUCCAGAACUUGACCGAUUGAGUUGUAAAAGAUGUGUAAUAGUUGGAAAUGGUGGAAUCCUGGCCAAUAAGUCCCUGGGCUCGCGUAUCGAUGAAUAUGACAUAGUAGUGAGGUUAAAUGAAGCUCCGGUGAGCGGGUAUACACGUGACGUGGGCACCAAAACCACCAUGAGGAUAACGUAUCCUGAGGGAGCUUUCCAGAAGCCAGAACGAUACGAGAAAGACUCUCUGUUCGUCUUCUCGGCCUUCAAACCUCUUGACUUCAAAUGGCUGAGGCACAUGAUCUUCAGAGAGAAACUGCAAGUCACUGAGGGCUUUUGGAAGUCUGUGGCUCAGUUUGUGCCCAGGGAACCCUCGGAGAUGAGAAUUCUCAACCCUUACUUCAUCCAAGAAGCUGCCUUCCAGUUCAUUGGCCUGCCGCUGAACAACGGCCUCAUGGGUAAAGGGAACAUCCCGACGCUUGGUACUGUUGCCAUAACGAUGGCCCUGCAUAACUGCGACGAGGUUGCUGUCGCUGGAUUCGGCUACGACAUGAACACCCCUCACGCACCCUUGCACUAUUACGAGACGGUCAAAAUGUCUGCCAUCAAAGAGUCAUGGACUCACAAUAUCUCCAAGGAGAAGGAGUUUCUCCAGAAGCUGGUGAAGGCCAACGUCAUCACAGACUUGACAAAAGGGAUCUGAUCGUCGCAGCGUAGCUGCUUCUUCCCCUGAGCAAGGAACCGAGGAUGCUGGGAAAUCCGGAGAAUGUCGAGGUGUACGGCUGCAGCUGGAGAAAAGGGGGGAGGUGACGCUAGUAUCGACCACACGCAAAUGUGCCUUCUGACCGAGAAACUUCCUCCGACCUGGAUUCCGUCCUGAACAUCCGGAGAGACCGGCUUUUCCUCUGUUCUGCAUUCGUCCUCAAGUUCUAUUUGAGACGAGUGUAAUCAAAGACCCGAGAGGUGGUGAGACGCAAGAACUGGACCGAUCGUGCCAAACGUACCUCUGCGGAGGAGAAGGUUCUCCUCUACAACAUGAAUGUAUUCACUGUGUAGAUUCCACCGGUUCUUAGUGUUGUUUUAUCGUCAUGCCUUUGUUUUAUCCGUCCGCUCUUCUGCGCCAUCGUCAUCGCCCGAAGGUCACAGGUCGGCCUUCGUAUCGUGACAAAAAAAAAGUGUAUUAUUAAGAACGGAUGCUUUUUUUUAAUUAUUAUUGUUAUUUUAAUUAUUUAUUAAGUGACUUAAUCUCUCUUUAAUUGGAGAGGAUUUUAAUGUUUUACUCUGUUUAACGGGAGGCUUGGUGUUUUUAUUAAUUAAUUAUUUUCUUAUUUUAAUUAUUUGAUUUUUUUUUCUGUUUAAUUACGUUGUAUACUCUCUCUCACUCACUCACUCUACCAAUCAAAGACCACAAGUGAAAAAUUUCUCCAAUUCAUCCAUCGUUUCUCCAAGCCACCAUGCUGUUGGUGUCGUGCCUCUGUGUGUCGAUCAGCUUCUCGCCGAAGGUAUUGAAGAUAUGGAACUCAAAAUGCCUGAAAAUAACAAAUGUUUACUUUUUUGAUAACGUGAUCAGCUUUGCCGGGUCGACGUUUAUUUUCCGAAUAGUGUUGCCUUUGUACUUUUUCCAAGCAUCGUCGUCGUCGUCGUCUGUAUUUCUAAAACUUUCUAUCGAGAUUCGUCACAGCAGUUGUUUGUAAUUUAAUAAGCUGUAUAUUUUCGGAGAAUGGACGUGAAGUUAUGAAUCACAGUCAGGGGAAAAGGAACCCCGCCAUUUUUAAAUUUGUUUUAAAUUUUUAUUUUUUUUUGCAGUACAGUUUAGUUUUAUUUAGUUUAGUAGUUUAGUUUUGUUUGCACAGAAGAUAUGUUCACAUUGCAGCUUUAAUGAGAUUCACAGCAAACAAGCCAAAAGUGUGAGGAGGUCCCCAGGAGAACGUCAAAGAAAAACUGAAGAGCCGAACGAGCUGAAACACACAUGCUAAUACAGCGGUGGACAAACCAUUAGCCUGGUCACCCAGGGCUAGCAGAUUCCACAUCUAGGCUCUUGCUAUUUAUUUUAUCUAUAACUACAUAGACAAAUUGUGUUUGAUUACACAGAAGAAAUUUUCAUUUGUUUUAGCGUAAAGCGCUAGGUGGUGGUGUGACUCGCCUCCAUACUGGAACUGGAACGCACAUUUUUCGAACGCUGUCACACUGCACUACACACGACAUUUUUUACUAAGCAUACAUAGUCAUUAUUGCUGAGAGAUUUUCAAAAUUAAAGACGUCUGAUGCAUCGCCUGCACCGCUGAUUCGUAGCGUAAAGCUCUCGCUAGCUCAGACUCUAGACUCACACUGACAUGCUAAGCUCACAGCGUAAUUUUUGUUGUCACAAAUGGCUACAUGUGUGUUUGUCUGCGUUAAAGCACUUAAACUAGCUUACAUUUGUUUCGUUAGCUGCCACCUUUUAGCCUGGUCUGUAAGGUUUCAGGGUUAAAACACAGGACCGGGCAGCACUCUGGAGCUUUUACAUGCGCGGUGAAGCUAGCUAAUCAACUGUAUGAUCUGUCCACUCUGUAACGUAAGAAUUCGUGGAAAUUUAUGGGAAAUCUGAUUGUUUUCAAUUUAGGCGUAAAUGUAAUCGGUGAUGCGAAGGCUUGGAAAUCAUCUCAAUGAGAAACGGAAAUAUGACUGGAAAUGAAAGAAGAGAAAUUGGUCAAUCAGCGCGGUUUAAUGCGGGACAAUCCGCAGCCUCAGAACUGUGUUUUUUUUUAUUAUUAUUAUUAUUAUUAUUAUUAUUAUAUAAAUAUACAAAUAUAACUAUAAAACUGUCUUCAAAGGCAUAAUAAAUGUGUUUAAGGUUUGGAAAGUGUUUUAUCUUAGCCGAGUUUGACCGUCCGUGUAUUUGUGACCAGGAUAUCAGUCCCACACACACACACACACACACAAACAGAAGCAGCUUUGUCCAGAGCAGGUGGACUGGUCAAUCUAGGCUAAGUAUAUCAUAUUUAUUAUGUUUAUUAUGGAGAUGUGUGUAAUACUGGAUACAGAGUAUCUGAAUCUCAUGCCAAAGAUGUGUAUGCAGUAAUGUAGUAUUAUUAAAGUGCUUCCUAACGUGUGUCCUGAUCUGUCAGCACGUCAACACCAGAACCACAGCAUUCUUCUUCUUCUUCUUCUUCGGAAGCGUGGACUCUUUCAUCGUUACUGUAUCGAUCGAUUGCCCGACUUUUCUGUUGAUUUUCUGGACAAAUCACCGUCACAGCAGCUACAGCAGGAUGAAGGACGAUCGGAUUUUAUUUGAGAAACCUGGAAAACAACUGCCAGAUCAAGCAGAACAUGCAUGAUGAUGUCCAGCACCUACGUUAAUCCCUCUGAUAGGUGGGACUGUCUGCUGUCAAGUAAUGUACGAAGAAAUAAAAAGUGACCAAUGGAAA